CCAAGAAGCAAGUGCAAAAUAUAAAAAUAUAAAAUGUACACAAAAAGAAACGACGAAUAAUCGAACGCCAAACCAAAAGGGGAUCUUCAGAAACAAAAGCGUUUGAAUGCAAAGCGUUUUGUACAUUCGCUGAGCAAAGUAGUAACUAAUAUUUCGUUGUAUAAAACGCAAUAGUGCAAAAUAAAAACAAAACUAGCCAGACAUUCCAAAUAGCAAUAACAAAGCAGCAACGAACUAAGACGAAAUAGAAAUACGAUAGAAGUGGGCGAAGAAGCAGUAGCUGCAGAACACUCAAAUACAGAAAAAAAUUUAUCUGUGCAAAGCAUAAACAAAUAGAGAAUUACUAAAAAGGUCAAUUGCAUUCAAUUCGCCAAUAUAAAAAUAACUGUGUUACAAAGUGAAAGUGUAUAAUAAUAAUAAUUUUAUAAAACUAACGAAAACAACUGUAUAACAGUAAUUUUGUGGAUUGUUACAGUUUUAAAGGAAGUGCCAGAAAAAGAAUAAUUAUGGCUACCUCAGGAUAUCAACUAAAUUUCAAUCAGGAUUUUACUUCGAUUUCCGUUUUGGAUGGUAGCGAUGGUUUUCGUAUCUUCUCCAUUAAUAGCUGUGACAAGGUGGAGGAGAUUUUCACCAGCGAUGCCGAGCAUAUUAUUUUAAUGGAACGUCUCUUCAACACCUCACUAGUGGUGAUGGUCACUGCCGAGAAGCCGCAUUGCUUGCAAAUGUUGCACUUCAAGAAGAAUCAGAAAAUCUGCAAUUGUGUCUAUCCCACAAACAUACUGAGCAUACGGAUGAAUCGUACGCGUUUGAUCGCCUGCCUGGAGGAGAGCAUACACAUACACGAUAUACGCGACAUGAAGCAAUUGUACUCCAUUGAGAAUAUAGCGCCCAAUGAAUUGGGCCUCUGCUCGCUUUCGCUCAACUCGCAUUUGGCCUUUCCCAUUAGCAGCACCAGCGGCGACUUGCGUCUGUAUAAUGCCUCCAAACUGAAACCGGGCAUUGUUAUACAUGCGCACGAAAGCCGUUUGUCGGCAUUGAAUUUUUCGCCGAGCGGUCAGCUGUUAGCGACCGCCUCCGAGCGUGGUACUGUGAUACGUGUGUUCUGUGUGAAGACUGGUCAGCGCGUGCAGGAAUUCCGACGCGGCGUAAAGCGUUGUGUGCGCAUAGCUUCGUUGGUGUUUUCGGUUAAUUCACAAUUUCUCUGUGUCACAUCCAAUACGGAGACAGUGCACAUAUUCAAAAUCGACGAAAAGGCUGUGAUGAUGACACUAGAGGCUGAAGCCUUGAAGGCGGCCAACGCUGCUGCUGACAAGCAACCGGAAAAGUCAUCGCCAUCGUCGGCGAAUGCUGAGGCCAGUGGUUCGGAAGCGGUCUCAUCAUCGCCGAAUAGCGGCUGGUCCGAUUAUUUGUCGAAGGCGGUGUCCUCGUACCUGUUGCCAACACAAGUGAGCGAUGUGCUUGCGCAGGAUCGCGCCUUUGCCACAGCUGUGUUGGCUCAACCUGGCAUGCGUCACAUUUGUGGCUUGACGUACGUACAAAAGGAUCUGAAAGUGUUGAUCGCUAGCCAGGAAGGCUUUCUAUACAUUCAUGAGUUCGACGCGGAACAGGGUGGCGCAUGCAAACUGCAGGCUGUGCAUGAUUUGCGCGGUGCACUCGACGGUGUCGUGGAACUGAGUCUCUCCGAAAGCAGCGACAAAAUGUCACCUGGCUCGUCUAAUAAGGAGGCUAGAGGUAGCCACAAUGUACCGACCAUAAAUGUGACCGGCGGUAAGGCUACACGAACUGAUGGCACGCCAAAAACCAGCAAACCAACAACAAGUACAAAUGCCAGCAGCGGUGCGAAAAGUAAAAAGAGUACCGUUGCGCGCUGUAUCAUAGAAAAUCCAGAUCCAGUGCCGGACAAUUCGUAUGCCGGCAUACUAAAGGGCCACCAAAAGGCUGAUCCACUAACAGCAGACUCUGCCAAGUACCGUAAGCUCUGUGAUGCCAUUGAUACGCCGAGCAAACUCUUCGAUGAGCGUCAAUUUCCGCCAGUGGCGAUUGCGGCACGCGACUGACCAACGAAACGCGUGCGAAAUGAGGAGAAGAAUCUUUAUGCCGUUGUUGAAAGCUUAAAUUUGAAUUGAAAAUACAAAAUUUAAUUGGCAAAUGCAGUUUUUAAUUGUAUAUGCGGCUUUCGCAAAGGCACAGCUGCAACAAAAACAAAACAAAAAUAUAUGUAAUAAUAAAUUAACAAUUAAAUUAGCAAAAUAUAAAGCGUAUCAAUUAGCCGAUAAUUAUUGUUUAAAAACUAAUGUCUUACAUUUUAAUGCAAAAAAAUAAUAAAAAAAAAAUAAAUAUAAAUAAAAUUAUAGUUACACGCCUAAUUGUUAGCGCAUACGCAUAUGCAAGUAUUAAUAUUAGUUGUAGCAUUUUAAUUCACUUAUGUACAUUUAUGUAGCAUAAAAGCAAACAAUAUUUGUUAGCCAAUUAAGCUUACUAAGCAUUUACUUAUACACACACACACAUAUAUACAUAUAUACGAUUUAAAUAAUUUACUAAACUAUA